AACCAUCCCUUUCUCACACUCUACAUUUCCUCUAUCAAAACCCUACUCUCUCACUACCAUGGGGAUCUAAAUCCCCAUUUGUCCCCCCCGCCCCCCCAUGCAAAGGAAAAGGGGAAAAAAAAAAAGCUGUGAUUUUUAUGGACCCGAGGAGUAAGUAGUAAAUAAAUAGAAAUUGAGGGGGAGUACCGAGAAAAGACCCCCUCAAGGCAUCUUCUUCUCCGUUGCACCCUUUUUCACGUGGUGGCGCGCGAAGCGCCAAUCUCUUCUUCGUCUUCUUCUUCCUCCUCUCAAAGGCGUCGCCUUUUGGGGACAAUGUGAGCUCGAUCGAGGCCGAAAAUGGAAAAAAGGAGCCAUUUUUAGCUGCUUCCGAGCGAUUUUCCCGCCGCCUAAUGUCCAUGGAGCUCGAGCCCAUCUCGCCGAGGUGGUUGUUCCCCUUACUCUGUUUCUUGGUCCUCUGCGUCCCCAAAAGCGCUUCCGGAACCAGCGACGCAGAAGCGCUUCUGGCGCUGAAGGCCUCGCUCGACAUCUACAACUCCCUCCCAUGGCGACGCGAGGACGCUGACUCCCUCUGUUCCUCGUGGAAGGGGGUAAAAGAGUGCUCCGCUAAUGGCCGAGUCACGAAGCUCGUCUUGGAGUAUCUCAGCCUCACGGGGGCGCUCAAAUCCGAGACCCUAGCUCCUCUCGAUCAACUCCGCGUCCUCAGCUUCAAAUCCAACGCGCUCUUCGGCCCCAUCCCCGAGCUCUCCCCGUUGCGCAAUCUCAAAUCCCUUUACCUCAACAACAACCGCUUUAAUGGCCGAAUCCCCCCAACUCUCGUCGCCCUCCACCGCAUAAAGGUCGUGGAUUUCUCCAAUAACCUCCUCUCGGGGCCCAUUCCCAAAACCCUAGCCUCUCUCCCGCGCCUCUACGCUCUCUUCCUCCAAAACAACAACCUCACAGGGGAGAUCCCUCCCUUCAAUCAACAGACCCUUCGUUACUUCAAUGUCGCGAGCAACAACCUCUCAGGUACGAUCCCCGCUACGAAAACCCUCGCCCGCUUCGAUUUGAGCUCUUUUGACAACAACCCAAAUCUCUGCGGCGCCCAAAUCCAUCGCCCCUGCUCUAAAAACCCCGCCGUUGCGCCUUCUCCGAGCCCAAAUCCCCUCGUCUCCUCCUCGGUCAACUCGUUCCCUCCCCGCGCCGCCUCCCGCGACGGGAGGAGCGAAAAGCGUCGCCGGAGGCGGCGGCGGAGGCUCAUCGCCAUUGUCGCGGGCUCCGUUGCGGGGGCUCUCGUGCUCUCCCUCUCGGCAUUGGCGCUGCUCGCGUGGGGCUCUCGCAAGACGAGGAAGAUGGCGUCGUCGGCCAAUGGAGGGAGAGGGGUCGGGGGCGGGAGCAACAAGGUGACGGAAGGGGGAGGCGAAGGAGGGGGAGGAGGGGGAGGGGGAGGGGGCNGUGCUUUAAUUUGCGUUUCGGUGGCUCGUGAGAUUCGUUCGCGGCCCUCGGGGAGCGGGAAGCCCCUGCAUUGGACGUCGUGCCUGAAGAUCGCGGAGGACGUCGCGACGGGGCUCCUAUUCCUGCACCAGCAGUCGCCUCCGGCGGCCCACGGCAACCUCAAGUCCUCGAACGUCCUCCUCGGCGCCGACUUCGAGUCCUGCCUCACCGACUACUGCCUCGUACCCUCCUUCCUCCCCGCCACUGCCGCCGACUCCUACCUCGACAAUACCGCCACCGCCGCCGCCGCCUCUGGUCCCUCUUCCGCCGCAUCCCUCUUCUACCGCGCUCCCGAGACCCGCCGCCCCAAUUCCAGCUCCUCCUUUACCCCCACCGCCGAUAUCUAUAGCUUCGGAGUUCUCCUCCUCGAGCUCUUGACAGGCAAGACGCCCUUUCAAGAUUUGGUAGAGGAGCACGGCGCCGACAUCCCCAAGUGGGUCCGGUCGGUCCGCGAGGAGGAGACAGAAUCCGGUGACGACCAGGCGGCGGCAGCAGCAGCCGAGGAGAAGGUAGGGGCAUUGCUGAGCAUCGCGGUGGCGUGCGUAGCGGUGGAUCCGGAGAAAAGGCCAGCCACAAAGGAGGUGCUGAGGAUGAUACGGGAGGCGCGGGCGGAGUCGAUGGCGGUGUCGUCGAACAGCAGCGACCGUUCGCCCGGCAGGUGGUCGGACACGGUGCAGAGCUUGCCGAGGGAGCAGGGAUCGGAGAGUUUCGCCGGGAGAGAUUGAUCGACGGGGAGGUCAUUUUAAACUUUCUCUUCGAUCGAAAUUUCGCUUUUGAAUUGUAGAAAAUGGUGUGUAAAUGUUUGCGAUUUAGAAGAAGAAGAAUUAGCUGCUAGGUUGAAUGAAAAAUUUUCAUUUUAAAUCUUUAAUUCAAAUUGAAACAA